GAGGGACCUCCAAAGUUAUGGAAGCACGCUCUACUAGAAUAGGAGGCUGGGCAGCCAAUAAGGCUGCCACCCUGCUGACUGUUAGGCUUUCCUUCUCGACUCUCCGGUGAUUCUAGUUUGGAGGGCUUCCGGCCGGAGACCAUUAGAAAAGACACCCGGAAGGCGGAAGUCUUAGGGCGGAAGUGGCCGAGAGAAAAGGAGAAUGGCGGCUGAGGCCUGGCUUUGGCGCUGGGGCUGGGGCUGGGGUCAGCGGUGCCCAGGGAAGCCUGGGCUUCCUGGCCCCGGCCCGGGCCCCACUACAUUUCUACAUUUUCUUCUGUUGCUGGGGCUGGUGGCUGCGGAUAUAACCGACGGCAACAGUGAACACCUCAAGCGGGAGCACUCGCUCAUCAAGCCCUACCAAGGGGUCGGUUCCAGUUCCAUGCCGCUCUGGGACUUCCAAGGCAGCACGAUGCUUACGAGCCAGUACGUGCGUCUGACCCCUGACGAGCGCAGCAAAGAGGGCUCUAUUUGGAACCACCAGCCGUGCUUCCUUAAGGACUGGGAAAUGCAUGUCCACUUCAAAGUCCAUGGCACAGGGAAGAAGAAUCUCCAUGGAGAUGGCAUCGCCUUGUGGUACACCCGAGACCGCCUUGUACCAGGGCCUGUGUUCGGAAGCAAAGACAACUUUCACGGUUUGGCCAUCUUCCUGGACACAUAUCCCAAUGAUGAAACUACUGAGCGUGUGUUCCCGUACAUCUCGGUGAUGGUGAACAACGGCUCCCUAUCGUACGAUCAUAGCAAAGAUGGACGCUGGAGUGAGUUGGCAGGAUGCACAGCUGACUUCCGCAACCGGGACCAUGACACCUUCCUGGCUGUACGCUAUUCCCGUGGCCGCCUCACGGUGAUGACUGACCUGGAGGACAAGAACGAGUGGAAGAACUGCAUCGAUAUCACCGGGGUGCGCCUGCCCACCGGCUAUUACUUUGGAGCCUCUGCUGGCACCGGCGAUCUGUCUGACAACCAUGACAUCAUCUCUAUCAAGCUGUUCCAGCUCACGGUAGAGCGGACGCCGGAGGAGGAAAGCAUCGACUGGACCAAGAUCGAGCCUGGUGUCAGUUUCCUCAAGUCCCCUAAAGACAAUGUGGAUGACCCCACUGGAAACUUCCGAAGCGGGCCCCUGACGGGGUGGAGGGUGUUCCUGCUGCUGCUCUGCGCGCUCCUGGGCAUCAUCGUCUGUGCUGUGGUGGGCGCAGUGGUGUUCCAGAAGCGCCAGGAGCGGAACAAGCGUUUCUACUGAGAGGCCGGCCUGGCUGGGAGGGGCCUGGCCUUAGGCCAGGGCUCUUAUGUGAACUUUUUUCUACUGGGAUUAUAAAAACCAACCAACCUUAUUUCUUAACUGUUUCAAAGAAAUAAUUAAAGUAUUUUCAUACAUUUUGCUUCUUGCCCAGCUGAGACAGCGGGCAGGGCUGGGGUCAGGGUUAGCAUCCUCACAGCAAGAGGAUCUUGCCCUAUCCCAGGGCUUGCUCUUGGGAGCAAGGGAGUCUGUAUAUGGGGCCCAGGUGAGGCCUGUGCUCAUGGGAUGGCUCCUUAAGGUUCCAGGCAGUGGAUUUGUUCUGAGGCCUGUGAUAGCACAUAGGGUUUGGAUUCUGGGCCUUCCUGCCUUCCUGUAGCUUUAUACAAAGGCAGACAUCAGCUAAGGCUGGAGGACUGUUCAGUAGGGCUAAGGUGUGACAAUUUAUAAAAGUAGCCAGUCUCAGACUGGUGCCUGUCCUAAGGGCUUUUUUCAUUUCUGGUGAUUCCCAGUCCCUUCUCUCUGGCUUGCAACAGUACUAGAGAAGAAAGAUGGUAGCUGUCACAUUGCCACGUGGGAAGUGUAACUCUCAGGUCAGACAAGACUCACUCAGUUUUGCCUAGUAUGCAAUGUUUGGGGACUAGGGUACUGACACAGGAUGUGACCUUAGGUCAUAAGCACUGGGGUGGAGGGGCCUUGACAGAAGUCUUGAGGAAACUGAGGUAAUCUGGAAGGAGCUGCUGAGCCAGGAAUGGAAGACAGCUGGAUAGCAGUGCUGCUCCCUUUGGUACCUUGAUGGAACAAAGCCGGGCCUGAGUGGAAAGCCAGCAUUAACACAGCCAGCUUCCAGUCUUUGCCACCCAAGGCUCCUACCGUGGAGAACUGUGUCCUCUCUAGUCCAGCUCUGGUCACUUCCCUGUCCUGUUCUGGGGACUACCAAGUCUGUCUCCUUCCUCCUCAUCUCCUUCCCACACAGUCAAGUAAGGCUUGGUCUCUUACCUCACGAGCAAAGGCUGCCAUUUCUGCAGCGUCGCCUCUCCAGUUCACUUCGUUGCUGCGGGUAGUGGUGGAAGCCCAUGGAGUAAGCGGCUCUUCAGUGCCAUCAUCCUGUCUCAGCAGAGCUGAGCUGCUAGGAGCCAUCUGUCCUUGUCAGAAACUGCCCGUGGCCAGGUGUCCAGAGGUAGUUAACAAUUGCCAGCUUCAGCUUCUUCGCAGGUUUAUGAGUUUGUCAUGGAGCCUCAAGAGCCCCCAUCCUUCCUUUUGACACAUUACUUUCCAAGCAGACAUUGCUUAUUUACUGUGGCACUUACAUGCAGGGUGUGUCCAAGCCGUUAUGUGGUGCUGGCAGGACAGCCAGGCCUGGAACCUGGAGCAUCAGGCUUCUGCCAUCAGGAAGCACCAUAGUCUUUGGAUUGACCUUUAGUUCUUGGUUCCAACUUGGACUUCCUGAUGUCACAAGUCAUUUAGGCACGUUAUAGUCAAGAUUUACCUCUGUGUAUUAGAGCCGCCUUGACAGCAGCUGCUGUAAAAUUGGGAGAUAACUCAGUUACAGACUUGUAUCACAGUUCUGGUGGCUGAUGGUCUCCGGGGCUCACUAGUCCAGUUGAGGACUUCCAUGCCAAAGGACACACAUGUCCUUCCCAAAGAUCACACCCAAAGCUGUCCUCUGUUCUCCACACACAUGGCAUUUUUAAAAAAAAAAAAAAAGAAAGAAAAAGCCUGCUUUCUCCACACUUGCCCAGUAAGUCUUGUGGGGUCUCUAAUGAAUCUCAGACUUAGGUCCCAGCACUUAGUGAUCUUGUGGGUCUGUUUUACCUUCCAGGUGGGCUCUCCUUCAAUCACUGCACAGCUUUGCUGUACUUGUGAAGAAUUGUUUCUAAGUUCAUCCCCAGAGUUGUCUGUUUUCACACAGGAAUGAUUCCACAAUUAGUUUUUUUUUUGUCAUAUGCUCCUAAAAAUGGAGUCCCUUCAUCAUCACUGAAGCAUAAAUGUAUACCCUUCCUUGUAUCUUCUCUGCGGUGUGGGAAAUGCAGACCCGCUGACUCCUGUGGCCUCCUCUGUCCCCUCCCCACAGAGACGGUGGUUGUUAAAGUGUGCUUUUCAAUAGUGUUUGGAUGUAUUCCUCGGCUCCUCGAGCAGAACUACUGUGGCCCUGGACGUGUAGCCCAAGAUGCCUUCCGGUGGCCAUGCUGGUGACUGUUCUGUGACCUUACCCAGGACUGUGAGAUGGCCUCUGGCAUUGCUUAGGCACGGUGUGGCCUUGGAUGUUCUUGAAUUUCGUUCUCAGACAUCAUGAGAAGUUUGGGUCUGCAGCUUGUAUACAGUUGAAGUUUUGCUAGUCAGAGCUACGCUGCAUUCAGAAGAGAAUUGUUCUCCCCUUCCACCCCACCCCCUCGAUACAGGGCAUCAGAGUUCAGUUUGGGUAUGAGAAGCUGUGCUGUGUGCUUUUCCCCAUCAGGCCGGGUUCUCUGCUCAUUGGUCACUGCGUCCUCUGAUGCUUUAGUUCAGCCCGUUUACUGAUGUUGAGGAAUUCUUAUUUUUAGCCUGGUUAUUCGCUUUGCAGAGGUUCCUUCCCACACGCUUGGCUUCCUGAUUUGCUAAUGACGUCAUUUGAUGUGCAAUCUACAUUUAAAUGGCACUUAUUAAUCUUUUCCAAAGAUGAUUUUCCUGAAGGUUUCUAACUUUGGCCUUUAAAAAUUUGCACUUUGUUGAAGUGGGACUUGCACAGUGCUGAUGUCAUCGUCUCUGCUGUCUCCACCCAGUUGUGGCUGAGCCUUUCUGACCCAUUCCUCCUCCAGCACCCAUGGCUGGUCCCCAGACACCCACUCCUGAUCCCAUCCCUUUCUGUUCUCAUCAGCUGGGAUGCUUCUUCCCAGCUUCCUUCCAGCGAGGGAGGUCAUGUGAACCGGGGGCUCUCCAGAGCCGGAGGACAUCAGGUGUGCCAGGUCCUCUCCUGCCUGGAGUGUGGUAGGCCCCUGAGGGUACAUAUGACUGAGGGCUGGAGGGAGCACACACCUGUCAGAUGGGGGGCCUCAAGGUCAGAACUGAAGCCCUGCCUCAAGCCUUAGAUUGUCAACUGCUGGGGUUUUAUUUUUGUGUGUACGUGUGAAAGAAAUAAAUCCCUAUUUGUUCAAA